AUGUGGCACUGUCAUGGUUCAGAAGGUGAUAGUGAUACUGAAAGAAUUUCGAAUCUUUCGUAUCCAUGGAGUUUAAAACCUCUGAUUACAAGAAAGAGUGAAGCUAGCAGCGCUCUACAUGCACCGAGCAAAGAAGGAGACGUAAUGCAUUCCCAACAUUUGAAGUCCUUUACGUUAGACGAGCUAGAGAAUGCUACAGGAAACUUCUGUCCAGAGAGUCUCAUUGGAGGAGGGUUCGGGUUUGUUUACAAGGGUUGUAUUAAUGGUGGACCUCGAAUCGACCUCGCUGUUGAUGUUAAGAAGCUUAAAACUGAAGGGUUUCAGGGCCACAAGGAGUGGCAGAGGGAAGUGGAUUAUCUAGGGAGAUUGCAUCAUCCAAAUCUGGUGAAAUUUAUUGGCUACUCCUUGGAAGACGAGAACAGUCUUCUUAUCUAUGAGUAUAUGCCUAAUGGAAGCUUGGAAAAUCAUUUGUUUGAAAGAGGUUCCAAUGUGUUUUCUUGGUCACUACGUAUGAAAAUCGCGAUUGGUGCUGCCCGAGGACUAUGUUUCUUGCAUGAUGCUAAGGACCACGUCAUUUAUAGAGACUUCAAAGCAUCAAAUAUCCUUCUCGAUUCAGGAUUCAACGCCAAACUCUCAGACUUCGGAUUGGCCAGAGAAGGUCCAAAAGAUGACCGUUCACACGUGACAACUGAAGUCAUUGGUACACAAGGUUACGCAGCUCCAGAAUAUCUACCCAGUUGAAACAUCUCAUUACUUGCAGUGAAAGCAACAGGCCGCCGUACAGGUUCACAAAGACACAGGAGGUAGUAUCCCACUAAUUAUCAUGCACUUUAGUGCUUCAGCAACAACAUGAUUUGCAAAACUACAAUCAAUAUUAUGUCGAGACUCUUCACUCUGAUUUCAUUUUUACAUUUAGUCCACAUAAGACUCUUAUUUUAUACUAUACAUUAUUCUAACAUACGUAGAAACAUAUAAAAAUAAU